AUAUGCAAAGUUUUGGGAUGGAGUUAAAUAUGAUCCUGAAGUUAUAAAGUUUCAGAGAUUAAUUAAUGGCAAGGGUCCUUUAGAUACUUGUAAAAGUCAGCCUAUAUUCUAUUGGACUGCACCAUUGACCCAAGAUGAUACAUUAUAUAUGCACUAUUCCUGUCGACGAUGGAACGAGACGGUUUUGAAUAAUAAUACAGUACUUGAUGAACAGCUCCAUAUCUAUAGUAACAAGACUCUGGCACCAAUUGCCAAGCGAAUGUCCGAAGAAUACCAUAUUAGCCCACCUCUUAAUUCAAAACUUUUAUUAUCACGACAUUAUUGGGAUAUAAUCGAUUAUCAUAUAUUAUCAUAUGGUCAACCUCUCAAUACUCGACUGGGCUGUAGAUAUCUUACUCAGCUUGUAAACGGAGUGGAUGAUUAUUUAAAUGGAAAUUCUAGUGGAUUAUUCAAAAAUAAAUACCCAAUUACGGCAGAUUUAACCUUUGAACAGAUUAAAGAAGUUAAAUAUACAGAGUAUAGACUUAUACACUGGUCUUCUACGCUUUAUUUCGAAGUUUAUACGUGUUCCGAUGAUCAC